CGACACAACCACCACAGUUUCCAAAGUUUGAAAGUCAAAGCUAACCACCGUAACCAUGAGGAUUGUUCUGUCUUGCGCUGUUGUGUUGACCUGUCUGGCCCUGGCUUAUGGGGAGGAUUGUCAAGGCCCGGCAGACUGUAGUCACGUGACCUGUCAGGAUGGCGGCUGGACAUUGGACUGUAAUGCUGGACAGUGCACCUGCUCUUCCCAAAGUCACACUUGUACCACGCUAGCAGACUGCGCUCACGUCCCGGAUCACGGCUGUCAUCGCGAAUUGCAUUGUGUGGACGGCAGAUGCUCGUGCCGCUUUGAUGGACCCGGCGGUCCCGGUGGUCCCGGAGGUCCCAUAGGACGAUAGAUGACGGUGUCCUUGUACUUGAAAAAAAUGAUGAUUUUAAUAAAAUUGAAUUCGAA